AUGGCUGAUAGAGAGCAUAAUCCAGAAGCAUCUCAUCCAACAAAAUAUGGAGCAUUAGGUAUCUUAUCAACACAUCCCUUAGCGGCAAAUCCAAAUCAUUCAGAACAAUCAGAAUCUGAAGCUAAUGACAAAACAAAACAUGCUCAUAAAGAUACUAGUAAUGUCGCACACAAUAAUACUAAGGAGCAUGAAGAUAGUGAUUUUGAUGAUGAAAAGAUUCAACACAAGAUGAAUGGUCUCAUUAAUACUAUACAAUCAGCAUCACCUGAUCAUUCACGUAAUACAUCAACAAAUGAUGAAUUACAGAGACCAAAAUCACCAUUUGUUGGUGAACAAGCUGAGCCAUCAAAACGUAUAACCAGUCCACAAUUAACAAAAGAGCAUCCAAAUGUUUUAGUUGUUGACAAAUCACCUUCGCCAACUCAUACUCAACAAAAACGAGUAUCUCGUAAAAAUUCAUCAGCAAGUUCCACUAGUAACGAUACAAUUAUUGGUGGAGAUCUUAAUUCACCAAAACAUGAAAAAAAUGCAAAUAAAAAACAACAAAAACAUUCACCUUCACCUAACGAAAAAUUAAAUUCGUCUUCUACUCAUAAAGAAAAUCAUGCUUCUGAACAACAAGUAUCAAAUAAAAAAUUAAAUAGAAGUCAUGAAGAACAAAAAUCUCCUAAUCGAUCAGAUCAUGAACAACGCAAAUCUCCUAAUCGAUCGGAUCAUGAACAACGCAAGUCACCAAAUCGUCACAAUCGAUCUGACCAUGAAGAACAAAAAUCUCCUAAUCGAUCCGGUCAUGAAGAGCGAAAAUCUCCUAAUCGACACAAUCGAUCUGAUCAUGAAGAACGAGAAUCUUCCAAUAAAUCACCUACUCAAAAAACAAAUCCAACUAAACAACAAAAACUUGUUAGUUCUCCUACAAAUACUAAAAAACAAAAUCAAAAAGAUUCUGAUAAUGAAAGUGAUUUCUAUGGUUCGCAUCCAGCAUCAUCGAAACAUAACAAAGAACGUACAUCAUCUAAUGAUAAACGACAUUCACCAAUACAAAAACGUACUGGACAUGAAUCUAAACAUAAUUCUUCGAUUGAAAAAGAUUCAAAAAAAUCUCGACAACAUACUGGAAAACGACUAUCAACAACAGAUUCUGACAAUGACCAUAGAAACACUUCAAAUCAUUCAAAAAAUAAACGAGUAUCAUCAUCGAAAAAGAAUGAAUCAACGAAAAAUAAUCAAAGAUUUCAUGGAUCAUCUGACCAUGAAAAAUCACGAUCAAGAUCACCAUCACCAAAUGUUCGACACAUUGGUGUACGUAAUAAAACACCCGAAAUAACGAAAAAAGAAAAUACUAAUAAACAAUAUAAGAAAGAAGUUGAACGAGCAUUACAUCGAAGUAGAAGUAAUGAAUCUAUAAAUCGUAAUACCACGACUGAUGAUAAAUCAAAUGAUUUAACAUCAGAUAAUAAUACUGAAACUGAACAACAGAAACGAAAACCUGUUAAGGGAAAAAAUAAAAAUGCCGAAACUGAAACAGAUCAAAAAAGUUUCUCGCAUGAUACUUCAACAACUGGUAACUAUCAACAACAUCAAAGAUCUCCGGCUCAAAAAUCAUCGAAACCAGCAUCGGAUCAUGUUCAAUCUACAACUCAUCCUAAACCACAAAAACGACACAGUUCAACCGAACAUGAUUCUGACGAUGAUAAAAAUCGAAAUAAUAAAAGUACUCAAAAACAUGAUAAAGAACAAUCAACAUAUCAUGAUCGUCACGUCGAAUCUGAUACAGGAGAAAUAAAACAUGAAAAACAACCAAAACCUCGUCGACCUAAACGUAUUUCACGUACAACACAAACAUAUGAACAUGUUUUUCGACGAAUGGAACGUGAACAAAAUAAUGAAUUAAUGCCAAUAACUGAUACCGAUAAACAUAGUCAAACAAAAGAUUCACAAUUAAAUCCAAGAACAAAAUCAUCGAAAAUACCUUUUGCUAUAAUUCAAGAAAUGCCACCAAAAAAUUCUGCACGCGAUCAACGAAGUUCAUCGAAAGCAUCGAAUCAUGGUCGACCUAUGUCACCACAAAGUGGUAGAUUGUUAAUUCUUCGUCCAACACUUCCUAUCCAUCAUGCAAAUGCUUCCAAUAUACAACGUAUAAAUCUUCAAUAUUCUAUUGAUUUAGUUCAUAAAGAAAAUAAAAAAGAUAAAUCAACAACAGAUCAACGAAGUAAAUCUAAUCAUGGUAAAAAUUCGGAACAAGCGCAUAAUUUACCUCGAAUAAAUUCAUCAUCAUCAACAACGGGACAUACUCAAAAAAAUAAAUCCAAUAAGAAAGAAAAAUCGCCUUAUAAUAAAACUGACGAUCGUAAUCAUCGACGCAAAACAGAUGGUAAUGUUUGA